AUGCCUACCUACUUCGCGCGUGGCGUCUCGGUGCGCCUGGGCGCGAUUCCGCUCGGUGAUACGACUACAGCAAAGAUCAUACUGAGAAAGGGAGAGGCAGCCAAGCAGCAGUCUGCAUUAGCUGAAAAGAGGCUGUUGAGGAGCAAGCUAUUGAAGGAAGAGCAGGUGCCUUUCCCCGGUGAUGACGCCGCCUUCCAGCUCAACUGGCUCGCACAAGCGCCUUUCAUGCAGACCCGGGUCGGGAGUGACAUAUACGAAGAGGAAGCUCCUGGGGACGCACAGGGUGCGCCGAAGGAUAUCUCGCAGCUCACACUGAAAGCACUUACCCUCCACGUCAACCUCUCCGACCAGACCUAUGUCUCCGGCCUCUACAACCAGAGAACAUCGCUCAAGAUUGAAGUCUUCUUCAAUGGAACACUCGCCGCGUGUUUGGCCAUGCCCAACUACGACGGCAAAUCUGGCUCGAAAGACCAUCACCAGGUCUUCGCGGGCACUAGAGUCGACUUUCUCGCUGAGCGGCCAUGGAUCAUCCUACCACCCGGAGUCGCCGCAGAUGGCAGUACUGCGAAGAACAACACACCACCUUCGGUAGAACAGCGAUGGCAACACAUUGGUCAGGCGCUCCAAGCUGAAGCACGCGAGCGGGGUACCGACGAACAAGGCAACAUUCCUCCCACUGCCGAGUUCCUCAACGCGCUUGCGACAACGCAGAUGCCGGAGCAGGUAUACACUAUGCAGAGGCCAGGUGGAAAGACUUUCGGGGUCAUCGACGUAGUCAUCACAUCUGGAGAGGGUAGGAAGCUCACUAGCGGCGUGGGCUAUUUAAAGGCACCGAAGCGCAUGAUCGACGAGAGUUACCCGUUCGUGCUUGGAGCCGAUGGCAGGACUAUGCAACUACGUGUCGAUGCUCCUAGCAAGAGCGAGAGUGACGCGGAACCUCAAGAUACCAUCGAGCCGAGCUCAGAGGUCAUCGACGUGGAUGCAGAAGGAGACAGCGAUCCAGAGUAUGGAUCUCAUACAAAGAGACGGGCUCUCCGGUCCGGAGUGCAGCCGAAGCGAGAUAUGUCACCUGUUUUGCCAUCAGCUCUAACCAUGGAACCCCUGACGCGGUCAAAUCCACCACUCGCUGGUGUCGGAUCAAGCAUUCCAGCACUGAUAGCACCAAACACUACAGAUGCAGGAAUUACGUCUUCACCAGUUCGAAAGAGUGCAGAUACCUCCAACAUACCGCGUGCACCGGAGACUGGAAGAGCGCAUGCACGGGACACAGUAUACAUUCCAGAAGCGGAGCUCACUUCGCGUGCAGGGUUCACUCCGAAGAUGAUGUAUCCAGAUCUGACCCCAAACUCGCACACGACUCACAUGCUCCCAUCACCAUAUACCUUUCAAUUCUCGGAUCCAACACUGGGAGGAGUCGCACCCAGUGAUCUCAUGCGUCAGAUACCGGGCGACAACGCCGGCCUGACGUCUAGUCCGCUCGAUCGCUUUCCCACGGCUUUUCAGGGCCCAGGUUACCAGUACGUAUCACCUUUUCCUACACAUUUACCAGGGCUCAGGCAAGCACCCUCAAGUCAUAGGCCGCAUGCGGGUUCUCUGCCUGGAGAAUCACGUGGUGGCUUACCCGAAAGCCAAUACACGCGUCGAGACUACACCAUGUCCGGUAUGGGGCCCAACUUCUGCGGAGCUCCCGAGAGCUACAAGCCAAACAUGUUACCACAAGUCGCAGACCUCCAUGGAUAUCAGGAAUCUCGGCCACCACACCUGUCAUUUCCGCCGUUUGAUCGCAGACUGUCCCUGCCGUUACCGCCAGCAGAGCACGCGAAGACUGACCUGCCCCUCGCUAUCGACAACCCACAAGAGACCAGCGCUUUCCAACCGAAUGUUGUGUUUAAACAACCCGCAUCGACUGUCAAGAACUCCAAUUUAACGGGUGAACGACCUGAAGUAGAGGAGGUCAAGCUGUAUGGUGACCAGCUGGAUGCUGACUCAAGCAACCAGAGUAUACAUGCAACUGAAUCAAGACUCUCGCGUCGUACAACUUCUAGCAACAACAUUCUUGGCGUACAAGGCCCAAAGGCAAAUCCAUUCUGGUUCGAGGAUCCAGAAGAGAUACUUCGUGAAGCAUCUGCGCGACUACGUCGAUCUCGCUCUUUCGCCAAAUCGAGAAACACGCCUGACGCAGCUCCAUCGUCCAAGAUCGCGAUACCGGUCGUCCAGAACUCUAAGAUCUGGGACACUGCUACAUCUUCCCCUCUAUCCAGCCUACAUACAACUCCUGAGCCUGAUGUGGAGCCCAAUUCAUAUACCCGGUCACCUCAAGCACCUAUUAGAUCGUCUCCUGCAUCUAUUCCGCAAGCGGAUGGCUCAUCGGAACGCAAAAGCUUGCGCGAAUCACGUCGCGGCAAUGAAACCCCGUCCCCAGUGAAGCUCACUUCAACUCUGACGACACCUCAACUUGCGCGCCACGAACCCUCUACACCUCAAUCCUCGGCUACGAAGAAACGCAAGAACCUCCACCGCACCUUACCGAAAGAGCCUCGCAGUCCCACACGUCUGAAGACGAACAGCAACCCAUCGCUGAACCGGGAUUGUGUCAUCGCGUACGCGGAGAGUAAGGACAAGAAGAACAAACAAGGCAUUCUAAGGCAGGUGAAGAGUGAGAGGCAGGGAGUGUUCAGUGAGAACGAUGUCGUUUUUGCGGCCAGAUUCUUCGUGGAGGAAUGA